AUGAGCGCCGCAGAAGUCGCCGAUCACUACAACAGAGUCAAACAGGCCGGAAUCCAAGACAGGAAAGACAGUCGCAUUUUCUUUAUGCGAAAUAUGAACAAUUGGAUUAAGAGUCAACUCAUAGGUUCGCGUUUUUAAAUAAUAACACAAAAAAUCAAUAAGUGCAGACGAUGCGAAACGACGUCUCGAGGAGAGCAACGUCGGACGACUGCGUGUACUGGACCUCGCUUGCGGAAAAGGUGGAGAUCUUCGAAAGUGGGCCAUAGCCGGAGCGAAGACCGUUGUAAUGGCUGGUGGGAAGAAAAAACAGUCUCUUCGAAUAUUGAGCUAUUCAAAUUUCAGACGUCGCAGACGUUUCCAUCGAACAAGCGAAAGAGCGAUACUCCCAAAUGAGACAGAAUAACAUUUUCGGAGCGCAGUUUAUCGUCGCGGACUGCACCAAAGUAUGAUUUGGUUCUUGGCGUUUAAGAACUGUUAUUUUCAACAGGAUAAUCUGGAAGAGCGGAUUGAGAACAAGGAUCCCUUCGACCUGGUCAGUUGCCAGUUCGCAAUGCAUUAUUCGUUCGUCGAUGAGCCGUCGGCAAGAACUUUUCUAAAGAAUGCGGUCGGAAUGCUGAAGCCGGGAGGAUUGUUCAUCGGAACGCUGCCCGAUGCCGACAGGAUUGUGUGAGCUAGAACGGAAACAAGUUUCAAUCUGAUUCUUUAAAUUUCCAGAUGGGCGGUGCGGAAUGGAACGGACGGAAAGUUCGCCAACGAUGUCUGUAAGAUUACCUACGAAAACGUCGAGGAGCUCAAAAACGGACAGACUCCGUUGUUCGGAGCCAAGUUCCAUUUCUCUCUUGACGAACAGGUCAAUUGCCCCGAAUUCCUCGCUCAUUUCCCACUCGUAAAACAGUUAGUUCGGUUCCUGCAAUAUCAUCUUAUUUCUUUCUUUUUUCAGUCUUCUCGAAGAGCUCGACAUGGAAUUGCUCUACGUGAAAAACUUUGCCGAAGCGAUUCCCGAUUUUCUGCAACCGGGACGUCACCUUUUGGAGAAUAUGAAGGGACUCGAGACGUUCCCGAAUCGGAAUCUGAGCGGUAAAACUGACGAAGAGUACCUAGAAGCCAAGUCGAAGAUCGCCUCGUUGGCGGAAGGACAGCCUAAGUACGUGGGAACUCUGUCCAAGUCGGAGUGGGAGGCCAUCUGCAUGUACCUCGUGUUCGGAUUCCGCAAGAAGCUGCCGCCGACCACUGACGAAGAGCCGGAGACCAAGAAACAAAAGAUCGAAGAGAAACCGGAUGGAUCUCCGGAAGCGGCGAGAACAGAAGAGGAAAAGCCGCAACAAAGUUGA